AUCAAUAUACGCAAGGACGCUCAGCAAUUUUACGGGUUCGUGGAUGCUGAGCAAAGUGACGAGUUGGACGAGGACGUGGAUGAAGUCCAUGGUGGUCGUCGGUUGCUGAUAAAUUUUGAGAGCGACUCGCCCGACUCUCCGGUAACGCUUGCGGGCCGCGUGCUAUCUUCGGGUCCGCAGCGCGACGACGACGAAGACGAUUCUCCGUUGUUCAGUGACCACGAUGCGAGCGUGGAGGACGAGGGGCUAGAAGCUGAACAUGAAGCACCAAAUGCGAACACGGACGUGGGUCUCCGGGAUGCGGGAAUCCGAAACGCGGGACUCCGAAGUGUGCGAGAGGGAGGGCUACAGCCCGAGACGUUUCAACCGCCGCUGCGGGACGGAGAUAUGGUGAUUCAGACUCGCGUGUUUCCCGGACCCACCUCCGCGACCGGACGACGACAACAUGCCCUCAUUCACCACGUAGUGGGAACGGCGGACGAGAUUUUAAUGAAGCUCCUUACACCAAUGAAGAAACAACUUGUUCUUGACGCACUCCGCACCCUCAGCAAGCAAGUGGAACAACGCACGUGGGGCAUCCCACACGCGCCCACUAGUUUUUUCAACGUAACGUAA